AUGGCAAUGACCGGCUCAACACCUUGCUCGUCCAUGAGUAAUCACACAAAAGAAAGGGUGACAAUGACCAAAGUGACACUGGAGAAUUUUUAUAGCAAUCUUAUCGCUCAACAUGAAGAACGAGAAAUGAGGCAAAGGAAGUUAGAAAAAGUGAUGGAAGAAGAAGGCCUAAAGGAUGAAGAGAAACGACUCAGGCGAUCAGCUCAUGCUCGGAAGGAAACAGAGUUUCUUCGUUUGAAGAGAACAAGACUUGGAUUGGAAGAUUUUGAGUCCUUAAAAGUAAUAGGCAGAGGAGCAUUUGGUGAGGUUCGGCUUGUUCAGAAGAAAGAUACAGGGCAUGUGUAUGCAAUGAAAAUACUCCGUAAAGCAGAUAUGCUUGAAAAAGAGCAGGUUGGCCACAUUCGUGCGGAGCGUGACAUUCUAGUGGAGGCAGACAGUUUGUGGGUUGUGAAAAUGUUCUAUAGUUUUCAGGAUAAGCUAAACCUCUACCUAAUCAUGGAGUUCCUGCCUGGAGGGGACAUGAUGACCCUCCUGAUGAAAAAAGAUACUUUGACAGAGGAGGAGACUCAGUUUUAUAUCGCAGAGACAGUGCUAGCCAUAGACUCCAUUCACCAGCUUGGAUUCAUCCACAGAGACAUCAAACCAGACAACCUUCUCCUGGACAGCAAGGGCCAUGUGAAACUUUCUGAUUUUGGCCUUUGCACCGGCCUGAAGAAAGCACACAGGACAGAAUUUUAUAGGAAUUUGAACCACAGCCUUCCCAGUGAUUUCACUUUCCAGAACAUGAAUUCCAAAAGGAAAGCAGAAACCUGGAAAAGAAAUAGACGUCAGCUAGCCUUCUCCACGGUAGGGACGCCUGACUACAUUGCUCCCGAGGUGUUCAUGCAGACCGGGUACAACAAGCUCUGUGACUGGUGGUCGCUUGGUGUGAUCAUGUAUGAGAUGCUCAUUGGCUACCCACCUUUCUGUUCUGAGACCCCUCAGGAGACAUAUAAGAAGGUGAUGAACUGGAAAGAAACUCUGACUUUCCCUCCAGAAGUUCCUAUCUCUGAGAAAGCCAAGGAUCUGAUUUUGAGAUUCUGCUGUGAAUGGGAACAUAGGAUUGGAGCCCCUGGAGUGGAGGAAAUCAAAAGUAAUUCUUUUUUUGAAGGUGUUGACUGGGAACAUAUCAGAGAGAGACCUGCUGCAAUAUCUAUUGAAAUCAAAAGCAUUGACGAUACCUCAAACUUCGAUGAGUUUCCAGAAUCUGAUAUUCUUAAGCCAACAGUGGCAACCAGUAAUCACCCUGAGACUGACUACAAGAACAAGGACUGGGUCUUCAUCAAUUACACCUACAAGCGCUUUGAGGGCCUGACUGCGCGGGGGGCAAUCCCUUCCUACAUGAAAGCAGCAAAAUAG